AUGAAGUUGAAGGAAUUGGCCAACCAUCUAGAAUGGGCGUACUAUAGAACAUUGGUGAAAAGCAUGCCAGGUUCUGUGGAUGAGAAUGGCACUUGCCACUGUGUGGUCCACCUGCCCAACAAUCCCAUUCCCCUGCAGCAGUUGGAGAGGCUGCAGAGUAGGACCCAAGAGCUCCUGGACAAGUAUGAUCAGAAACUCUCAAGGGUCAGUGACUACUCCUGCACCACUGACUAUCAGGAUAACCAGGUCUUGGAAAUGGCCCACAACCUGCAGUCCAAGAGUCCCAGUGCCCUUCCUUCAUCCUAUGAAGCCCCAGCCUUCAACCUACUUCGCCUGGAGCUGGAAGGAGCACAGAAGUUGGUGACUCAACUUAAGGCCAAGGGAGGAUUGAGUAGGUUGGAGGGUCUCCUCAAUCAACUCCAGGGCCAGGUGGCAAAUGCGAGCUAUACCCUCAAGCUUGUGGGUGACUCUGACCAGCGUAGCUUCCAUUCUCUGCGCCAGGAGGUGAAUGUCCUUGAAGGCCAACUGAGUGAGUGUGAGAGAUACAGGGAGCAAGACCAGGCCUCCAGUCACUCUGGCUCAUCCCUGCCCCCUGGUUCCUGUGCUCAUGGAGGCCUCCAGAAAGUCAGCAGACCCCUUGUGGUGCGCCUCAAUUGGAGAGGCUUUUCAUACAAAGCAGGUGCCUGGGGCCGAGACUCAGCCCCUAAUCCAGUCUCUUCCCUCUACUGGGUGGCCCCUCUGCGUGCAGAUGGCAGGUACUUUGACUAUUAUCGACUGUACAAGUCCUAUGAUGACCUGGUGCUGCUUAAGAACUAUGAGGAGCAGAAGAUGGGCUAUGGCGAUGGCAGUGGCAACACGGUGUACAAGAACUUCAUGUACUUUAACUACUAUGGCACAGGAGACAUAGCCAAGGUAGAACUUUCCUCCAACACCCUAGUGUUGCGGCGUCCCUUGCCUGGUGCCACUUACAACAACCGCUUCCCUUAUGCUGGUGUGCCCUGGAAGGACAUAGAUUUCGCUGGUGAUGAGAAAGGGCUGUGGGCGCUCUAUGCUACUGAGGAGAGUAAAGGUAACCUAGUCGUCAGUCGUCUCAAUGCCAGCACCCUAGAAGUGGAGAAAACCUGGCGCACCAGCCAGUACAAGCCAGCCCUGUCAGGAGCUUUUAUGGCCUGUGGGGUGCUGUAUGCCUUACGCUCCCUUAGCACCCGCCAAGAAGAGAUCUUCUAUGCUUUUGAUACUACCACUGGGCAGGAGCGGCACCUUAGCAUCCUACUUGACAAGAUGCUGGAAACACUGCAGGGCAUCAAUUACUGCCCCUCGGACCAUAAGCUCUAUGUCUACAAUGAUGGAUACCUGAUUAAUUAUGAUCUGACUUUCCUGACACUGAAACAGAAGUCACCAAGACCACUAGCUAAAAGGCCUUCUGGGGUCCGUGCCCCACUUAAGCCUGUCAAAUCCAACAAAUCCUUCAGGCUGUGA